CAAGCUGCAUUAUGGGCUGGGAGAGACGGAUACGCUGUUGAAGAUGCUGUCCCCGAGGUCCAGAGAAGAGCUGGAGCCACCGACCUCUUCUCCUACCAAACAGCAGCUUUAUGAUCGACACCGUAGGAGUAUUGAAGGUUUGAGGCAGGAGAGGGAGGAGCGGCUCCAGACUUGCAGGAGAGCUCGUAGUCUGAGUCCCAGCAAACAUCCUCGCCGCUUUCCUCAAGAGCCUGCUUCAUCCUCCAAGGUGUCUGCCGCUAUGCCCAGUCGCCGUAAAGAGUACCUGCAACAGCUCCGCCAAGAGGUGAUAGAAAGUACCAGAGUACCAAAUCCUCCACGAGGAGAAGGCCAGUAUCCGUCUGACAUUGAGCAGAUGUUGCGUGACUACGGCCGAGCCCGGGAAGAAGCCAGGACGGAGAUUGCGAAGGCACGAGAACGUCUGCGAGAGAGGACUGAGCAGGAGAAGAGGAGGCUUCAGCAGCAGGCCCUGUCUCAGGAAGUGAAGGAUGACCUGAGGCAUCGGACCAGAAUCAGUAACAGCACCUUGUGCACCGGAUCUAGCCUGAGUCUUUCCUCUGGACCCACAUCAGGGUACAACAGUGGCAACACUGUCCAACUACAGCACAGUGACAGACCAGUAAUGACCGGACAGACUACAGGGUUUCAGGAUGAAGGGCUGAAGGUCAGGACACGUCCUCCUAUAUGUGGUGCUCAAAGUGUGAAGUCACAGAGAGUUUGGCUUUCUGCCCAGGAUGUCUGCCUUGAGCCCUCUGUCAUGGUGUUUGAGCCCCUGGUGACCUCAUCUCCAUCACCCCCCACAUGUGUUCGUCAACGCACUGCCUCCUUUGGCUCCUCCUCUUCCAUAUCCACGACCUAUCAGGAUAUCACAUCCACCCUCCUUGGGCGAGCUCUAGCUGAGGUACGAUUAGCUUCCGCUGGAGAUUUGACUAACCUAGUGAUGGGCAAGGCCACGGCAGGCUGGAGGUACCAAGGAGAAGAACGAGGGGUCCAGGCUUAUUAUAAGCCUUCCUCCAGCCCGUCUGUCCAUGGGUUCCUGGGGUCCGGGGAGCUGGACAGACCCCUGGACAGCCUGUGGAACAUGAUCUGCCAGCUGUCCAAGAGCCACAUGUACAAUCAGUCAGUUCGUUCUGUCUGGACACGACCACUAGAUGACAGCACUCAGCUGGUCUACAUACUAACAGAUCCGUCCACCUGCCACCUCAGCCAGCCGCGGGACUUCUGCUGCAUCAGCACUGAGUCCAGACAGGGUGGCCUGUGCGUGCUGGCAAUGCAGUCAGUGUUUGAGGAGUCACUGCCUCGUCCCAGCGUUGAUGCUGUCCGAGGGGAAAUGAUGCCCAGUUGUUGGGUCCUUCAGCCAAUUAGACGCAGUGGAAAAGAAGUCACCAGGGUCAUCUACCUGCUGCAGGUGGAUCUAGGAACUCCAUCUUUUCCUCCCCGACUUUUGAACACCGUUGCCAGACGACAGGCAGCCGCCAUCGCCGAUCUUGACGUUUUCCUCGCUUCGUACAUGAAGACUCGUUAGCAGUGAGCACUUAGACUGAAAUCUCUCCAGCAUGGAGUUAGCCUGUCUUUUUGAAUUUGCACCUGAAAUGUAUGUACUUGACUUUUUCUAUUUCAAGAGCACUGUUAUAUAUUCAUUCCCAGUUAAAAAGUCAAAGCAGCUUCUUUUGUAUGGAGGUAUUUUUUUUAUAAGAUAUUGAAACUGUAUUUUUAUAUUUGUACAUGUACAUGGAUGCUUUUAACAAUCACAAUCCUUUUUUACCAAAGAUUGACUAGAAGUCUAAGGAUUGCAUUUAGGUUUCGACAGAUUCAUCAAUUUCUUCAUGUGAUUCAUCUGAUGAAGUAGCUUGAUAAUUCUGUUAUAAUCUGAUAAACACCAGCCAUUUAAUUUCCCUAAAGCCUGUUAGCAAUAUGGUGUCUGUUGAUUCCUACCACAUUGUAACGUGGACAGUCAACUUUGUUUAAGUUGAGGUCAACACCGUAGCUAGAGAGAACAUUUAAGAUGAAGUUUAAGAGUUAGUCAACGGAUAAAUUUUUUUAAAUGAAAGAAAGUAGCGGCUGAAUUGACGGGUUAAUCCACUUCCAAACAUGUGAAGGAAAUAUUUGCAAAUAUCGUUCAUCCUUGAUUUGUUACUGUACAUGCAUAUACUUAUUUCCCCAGACACUGCAUAUCUUAACCACUCAAUGACCUUAAUUCUGCAGACACUGAACUUGAAAUGUCUUUCAACAGUUUUUCAGCAAAAAGGGGAAAGGUAAAUAUAUGGAAAGGACUGUACAAAAAUUAUUAGGGAAGACGGGGUCAGAAAAGUUGGAGGGUAUAGUCAUUUUAAUCUUGGCUGAAUGUAGAGUAGUCUUGUCUUACUUUUUGGGGAGAGCAAUGAGGGUCUUUGAUUUUUCUCAUUCUAGAUUAAUAUUUUAUUUUAGCUUUCUAUUAUCAGCCAUAGUCCUAAAGAUGUGCAGUUUUGUCUUUAUCAGUGUUUCAUUUAUUUAUAUGCAUUUGGUGGUGCACGUUAGAAGUUAAAUUAAGGUAUGAUGGUUUAAAUUCAGGUAUAUGAUUAAAAAAGUAGUCUCAGUUUUAAACAGUUAUAUUAUUUUGACACGUUGCAGGGAGGUUGUUGCAGUGUUUUUUAAGUCCAGAGGAGACUUCAAAGAAAACAACAGUAACCUUGGUGAGUGCCUUGCUUUUUGAGAAAGUGAAACAUAAGUUUCAGCCCACCUCACUACCCCUUAAAUUUUUGUACAGUCCCUGAAUUGGAUAGUACGAUGGUUUAUUGAAGGAAUUCAAAGAAUUAUUUAUUUAGUGUUAGGUUGUUUUUAUCUGUGUUUAUCUGUAUGAGCACUGCAAGUUUAACGUCUUCGGAGCUCUUUCUCUCUCUGCAGAAAAUCUAAUCUAAAGACAAAGCAGUAGCAAAACAGUGAGAGGAUGAGGUGGAAAGUCGCAGACCUUUUGGAUUUAAUAAGCCAAAAGGCAAAAAAGGCCGAUCCGCUUUCAACACAAGGUCACUGGUUCAAGCCAUCUGGCCUGCUGAAGUGUCCUUGAGCAAGUUACUGAAGUCACCAACCAGCUCCAGGCAUUAUGCUCUGUAGCUGACCCAGACAUCUGACCUCCCUUUUUUUCAUUUGUACUUUAUGGUACCCCAAAUCUGCAUAAACUGAGUUUUAAAGGCUUUUGUUCUCACCUUUUUCUGAAGUCUGUUGUAUUUAUUUUGAUCCUCCUGCCCUCUGUUUGAAAUGCUGAUGAAUGUUUUUUUUAGUUGUCUUUUAUGAGCAAAGCGCGAUGCUGUGUUUACAGCAGCUUGCACAAAACCCUUUAUGCAUUUAUUAAUGUUACAUAUUAAAAAGGUGAUUUUUGUUUUCAUUUGUACAGUGUUGAAACUAUGCAGAAACUGAUCAAAGGCUGGACUGCUCUCAGUCAAAGCUGGGUCAGCUGUGUCCAGAUAUGAAGCCAUAUUUACAGUAGCUGAAUGUUCAGGACUGGUUGAGCUCUGCAGCUGCGGCGCUCAGUUUGACACUAAAGACGUUCCCGAGGGAACCAAAGAGAAAGAGACAAAAAUACUGGAGAAACAGAGUGAAGGAACGCAAAGACAGCUUUUGUACUGAUUUCUUUUGUAUGGGUAUCUAUAUAUUUUUAAGUGCUUGUUCAUUGUGUAAAAAGAAUUGUUAUUUAUGUUUUGACAGUGUGUUGUAAAUGUGUUUUAUUAUAAACACUCUGCUUGUACUUUAUUAUAAACACUCUGCUAAUAAGAUGUUAC